CUUAAUAGUCCGGCCACUCCCGGAUAUCAUAGGUCUGUUUCUCCAACUUACAUAAGCAGGGGAACACUACCUACCUAGCUCCGUCACCCCAAUCCCAGUGAUAUCGCAGCAAGCAGCGAAUAGCCCCACCCUCCUCCCCUGCCGCAGAGGUACCGACUGAAUUGUCCCGGCAAUAUCACUGCCAUAAGUGUAAGUACCUUUGUACACCACAUGCACCACAUGCACCUGGCAUUCCUGGACGGAUACUGGUCGGUCACUUUUUGUUCUUGCUCCCCUCUCAAAGUCCCCAAACCAAACCGACUACGAACGACAGACGAACUUCCCACCUUUUUUCUUACAAGAUAUCCUUCUCAUACACCACCGACAAUUUCGCGCGACCAGCGAUACAGGCCACCUGAAUCUGUUUCUUGAGAUUCGUUCGUUCUAUCAAGGCAACUUGUCAAAAUGAACCCUCAUCAGAAGAACAAGAUUGACGUCAAGACGCUCACCCCCGAUGAGCAGCGCCUCUUUCGUCUGUACGGCAAAUUACCGUCGAAGUCGGACCACUUCGCCAAGCACCUGAAAGAGCGCAAGUACUUCGACAGCGGCGAUUAUGCUAUGUCCAAGGCUGGCAAAGGCGACAGUGUUGACGCAGGAAGUGUCGGAAGUCAGCAUCCCGUACCCGAGAAUAUCCCCCACCUAACCUCGCCCAACGGCCAGAACGGCGGCAGCACGGUCGGACACCAACACCAUCCUAGUCUCCAACACGGUCAUAGUAGUCAGCAAGUCACAUCCACUGGCAGCCCUGUAAAGGAAAGUAGCUUUCUUCAGCGCGAAACGAGCGCUGAGGAAGAGGACACUCCCAACAAGGAAGCCGAACAGAACAAGGCUGUACCUACCGCCCUAACCUCGGAGAAUGCCGAGAAUAAAGCUAUCCCAAUCCGAAGAUAGGAUGACGAGACGCUGCUCUCUAGAAAGAGAAGGAGAUUGGGCUAUACAGGAAUGGUGGACAUGCGCUAAGGCUGCCGUAAUGGCGUUGCCUAUGAGAAUGACCAUGCCUUACCUAAUCGCAGUCGAUUCUGAGUUCUACUAGGGUGUAGCUACGCAUCUUUUAUCUUGCGUUCAUGCACCGCUAUUUGCGCAAGGAGAGGGAAUGGGUUUUUGUACGAGGCGACAGUGGCCCCCUUCACGAUGGUUAUGAGUACUGCUCAUGGUGUUUUCGUUUCACCGCGGCGUUUAGGGAUGGUCAAUGGUACCGGCAAGGGAAAGUCCUUUUUUUUUCGCAGUUACCAAAAAAAAUGUUACGGGACGAUGUGGCUUCCCCGCCCGCGUCUUUUCUGCUGAUCUGAGAACUCUCGCUAAAGACCCUUGGUUCUUAACCUUUCAUGACGGCUCUUCAUCGUACAUUUUCAGUUGCUGCCUUUUUUUUAAUCUCUCAAUAUGCGAAUGCACACGGGUUUCGGCAUUGCUAUGGUGUCAGUGUCGGUGUCGGUGUCAGAUUAGGUAGUUGAUUUGACGACCGGAGUUCGUCUCGGAAAAUAUGAGGCCUUAGUGUUGUAUUCGCUAACACUUGAUACCAUCUAUGGAUGCCACCACUCUACUGUUUAUU